AUGAUUAAUGCCUUCCAUAGUUUCCUCCGAUGCUUGUUGUUCGCUGGCUGCAGCCAAGUGAUCGAUGCAGAGCGAGCCAGAGUCCACCAGACAGCUCUGGAAGCUUUAGCCAACGAUCCGCUCCCUGAAGGACGCUCCGCGAUGGACAAGAGUCAAUGUCCACAGUGGUCCGACUUGAGGGCAGCCUUGCAGAACUUGGGCAUCGAUGCAGCGGAGGCCGAGCCACACUUGAGGGAAAGGAUACGAUGGGCUGGUUGUGACAUCGUUGCACUCCACCUGGAAGACCUGUCGGAAAAGCUCCAUGGAGACCUGUCGGCCAUUGAAAACCUUCCAGACCUACAAGAGCUCAAUCUCAGCAAUGCCAAAAUCACAGGAGACCUCUCGAAUUUGGAGAAAUUUCCGAAGUUGCAACAGCUUGACCUUCAACAUACACUUGUCAGUGGCGAACUGUCUGGUCUCAGAAAGCUUACACAGCUGCAUCAGCUGACUCUCAUCAAGACCAAGAUCACAGGGGAUUUGACAGCUCUUACCCAACUCACACAGUUGAAGAAACUUGUCCUGGCAGAAACCAAAAUUUCAGGCGACCUGGUAAGCCUGAGGCAACUCUACCACAUGCGGCAGCUUAACCUAUCACACACUCAGGUGCAUGGUGACCUGUCAGGUCUGACGAAACUCACACAGUUGCAGGUACUUUCCCUCCACCUCACCAGCAAGGUCACAGGCGACCUGUCAAGUCUGAAGCACCUCCACCAGUUGCAGGUUGUUGACUUAUCAGACACUAAGGUGUUUGGUGACCUGUCAGGUUUAUGGGAGCUCAUACAGUUGCAGGAACUUUACCUGGAAAGCAAGAUGAUCACAGGCGACCUGUCAAGUCUCAGGCAAUUCUACCAGAUGCGGCAGCUUGGCCUAUCACACACUGAGGUGCAUGGUGACCUGUCAGAUCUGACGAAGCUCACACAAUUGCAAGGACUUUCUUUGCACGGCACGAAGGUCACAGGUGACCUGUCAAGUCUGAAGCAACUUCACCAGUUGCAGGUUGUUGACUUAUCGGAGAGUAAGGUGUUUGGUGACCUGUCAGGCUUAUGGGAGCUCACACAGUUGCAGGAACUUUACCUUGCAAAAAGCAAGGUCUAUGGCGACCUUUUGGCUCUGGAGCAGCUUAAGCAACUUGAAAAGCUUAACCUUCAAAGUACGAAUUCCUCAGGCGAGCUGUCAAGCCUGAAGAAGCUCACACAGCUGUGGCAUCUCAACCUUGCAAAUACACAAGUCAGAGGUGGCCCUUCAAGCCUUGAGGACGUGCCAUUGAUGUUGUUGGACCUCACGAAUUCCAAGGUUACAUUCCACCUGUCAGGUCUAGAGAAGCUCGCGGGCUUGUUCCAGGUUCACCUCCGAAACACAGCGGUCACAGGGGAUUUGGCAGACCUCAAACCGCUUACAAUGUUGGAAUUACUUGACCUGGAAAACACCAAGGUUGCAGGAGACCUGUCAGAAGUGCAGCACCUUUACUUCUUGCAGCUGCUUUACUUAACAAACACCGCAGUGACAGGUAACCUGUCAAGUCUCGAGGGCCUUAGAGGCUUGAGUAAGCUCGACCUGAAAAGCACAAAGGUGACAGGCAACCUUUCAAGUCUGAAUCAGCUCGUGGAGUUGCAACAGCUGUCCCUGAGAAACACUACUGUCAGCGGGGAUUUGUCGACCCUCAUCAGUUUGCCCAGACUUCAAGAAGCGGACCUGUCAGCGACCAAAGUCUCGGGAAGAAUGACAGUGUCAUGGCGAGGCCGUGCUCCAGAGCUCAGGGUAUUGAACUUGGCUGACAGCCAGAUAUCAUUCCUCCCGGCAGGGGAUGACUUAGAAGAUCUUCGAAGGCACUUUUAUUCAGCUUCCGACAAAGACUUCGUGGCAAAGGCUGUCUUGCCAAAGUUGAGCAUCCUCGAUUUGAGCAGAUGUCCGCUCAAUGGUAACGUGAAUGACUUGUUGGCUCCUUUAGGUGGCUGUGGGGCUUUGGCGCGCAUCAAAGCUGAGGAUUGCGGCCUUGCCGGUUCAAUACCCAGUUUGAUUUUGGAACAGGUAUGGGUGGGUCAUCGCUUCCAUGAAACAUGGAAAAGCCCUCUUGCCAGGUCCUUGCAGGUUUUGGAUGUUGCUGCCAACAGACUGGAUUUCAUCGAAGCCAUUCCAAGCAAUGUUUUCGCGCUGAUCUUGGCGGGAAAUCCUUUGAGCUUCGGAGAUGGUGUUCUCCAUCAAGCCGUGACUGCUGGGACCUUUCUGGACUUGGAGAAUGUAAGCAUCAAAGACCACACAGAACCCUUGGACCUCUUGGCCAGGGGGCUGCUUCAGAGAACAGAUGAGAGAUCAUCAGUGAGCACAGCCCGUGGCUAUGCUUGUUAUGCCAUCACAUCCAAAUCACUUCAAGUUACCCCCUCGGUAUUUCUACCCCAGGAGCUUUGUGCGUGCCUGCCUGGGUGGGAGGGGCAUGGAACGCAGUGCACUAGGUGUCCGCAAAACACCUUCAAGAAUGGAUACGACGGCAUUUGUCAACCAUGCCCCAAAGCAAGCAACUCAGAGGAAGGCUCUACCAUGUGUCACUGCACAUAUGGAGAAUUGCUCAACGAGCAAGGUGCUCCAGUUUGCGGAUGUCCAAUGGGCCAGGCACUGGAUGGUGGCAAGUGUUUACCGUGCCACGACUAUCACUUGUACUGCCCCAAGGUUGGUGAAGAGCUUGUCUUUGCCAAGCCUCUCUUGGGGUUUGCCCGUUUGAAAGUACAAGACAAGUCUGCGGUUCGCUGCUUAAAGCCUAGCAACACCAGAUGCAACGCCUCCCAUGCCAGCAAUGGUUCCUUGUUUCCGGAGUGCGCUGACGGAUAUCGAGGCACCCUAUGUUCAGAUUGUGCUGCUCAUUACUAUGCAAGCAACAGGCUUUGUGAGCCGUGUUUGAGCAAUGAGAUGCUUCCAGAACUGUGGGAAAUUGGUGCAGCUUCAGCCGUGGUAGUGGUAUUGCUUUGUUUGGCUCUGGCAUGUGUAUGGAUGGGACUCUUUCAAAGCUCAGAGUCAGAAGCAAGGCAAACCCCACGCCUAUUGGUGAAGAGCGUCUUGAAGGAGCAACUCAGGGCGCAAGCGCCGAUCCUGCUGCAGACCAUUCAACUUUGGGCAGUAUUAGCUCUGUUGGCGAGAGUUGAGCAAGAGGAGGGCGCAGUUAGAGAUCGCUUUUGGGAACUACCCUACAUGGAGGCCUCUCAAUUCUCCGUGGCAAGUCUAAAGGGUACUCUGAACCUGCAGUGUAGAUUUGAUGCCGUCGCUGUGCGUAUGGCUUCUGCACUGCUGGCUCCUCUCUCGCCGCUUUUGGUGCUUUUGGUUUGCCUCGGCAUCGAGUACUUCUACUACGGACUUGGCAUCAACUCCGGCUUGCAGGCUCUGACACUAUUCUACGUGGGCGGAGCUUUUGGCUCCUCAAGGCUUUUGCGCUGCCAGAGGGUGGAUGGAGAAGGAGCGAGCCUGAAGGAGUUUGCUUUUCGGAAGAACUUGCCACACUUGAAGUGCGACCCAGACUCAUGGCACUAUGUGGAUGCAAUUGGCUUUGGCGCUGGCUUUUGCUAUGGAGUGGUGAUUCCAUGCUGCUUGGCAUACUUGUAUGCCAAGCAGCACUUGGCAUUGCGACCAGCCAAAUUAACAAUUGCGCAAGCAGCAGAUCAAAGGGAUCUUGAGGUUUGGCUGGUUGACUCCAAAGGCUCAUCCAGGGAGAAGAUGUUUGUGAAGGAGGGUGUGCUCUCGCGACGUGUUGUGGCAGCGUCAGCCGCCCACAUUGCAGUCCUGAUGCGCGGGCGUGUUCAAAUCCAACUACGAAAUGGUGUAGUGACCGCCAAGCUAGUUGCAGGCAACUCCAGCCGAUCAAUUCAUACAGAGACCGUAGAUGUCAUGAGCCUAGUGGAAGCAAUGUCAGACACGCGAACCGCUCUCAAAUGUCGUGUUCUUGCAGAGGCCCUGAUGGAACGUUGCAUCUUGGAAGAGAUUGCUGAGUCUGAACGGGUUUUGGCAGGUUCAAAGAACUUAUUGCUCAAGUAUGCUCGGUGUAGAAACCUCUAUAUGGAAAUCAUUCAGAAACUUGUGGCGGUGGCAUUAGUGUCAACCGUGGGUAGCGAAGAUGGCGUGUGCGUGUCUUUGGCAAUCACUUUGGCCAUGGCUGCAACAAGCGCUAUGGUGCAGCCCUUUGUCCAGCCUCAGGUCAAUGUGACUCAAUGCUGCUGUUUCCUAUCCCUGGCUCUAGCCGCUGUGAGCUUUGACAACCAUUGGGUCUGGCUUAGUCGUGCAGCUUUGGUUUUGCCCUUCCUGCUCUGCGCGUUGUUAGCCAUAAAGCCUGACAGCACACAGAGCCUGGCAGUGCGGCUUUGGCAACAGCUACGGGAUGAGGUAGAAGCAUUGGAGAAGGGUCAAGUAGUGGAGGUUACUGCAGAGAGACCUUCGCUUUCAUGGGCUCAACGAUUUGAGUGGACUUGGAACAGAUGCGUCGAAAAAAGCAUAGACACCGUUCCGUUACGCGCUGUGGGUUUGGUGCUUCACUCUGGAUUGAGCGGCAGUCUGACAGUUCAGUCCGGGACCGUACAGUAUAUUAUGGAUUUCAACAAAUCCAAACAGGUGGAAGACACGGACUAA